CACUCUUCUCUCCACUUUACUUUUCUACACACUCGAUUUCGCCUCCUCUCCACAUACUCAUUAGUGUACCCUCUUCCCCUGAAAAUAAACGUACCAGUCUACUGAUACUGAUAACACUAUGGCCUCCAUGACAGGGGCAACAGGGGGAUGGACUAAUAACUUUGCCCACUAUGGACGUUCAAACCAAACGAUGGAUGACUUGAUAAUGGGGCAACUGGCCGAUGACCUAGGGCACUACAGCCCCAAAACAAUAGAAUAUGAUCCCGAGCCAUAUCAACGUAUGCUUCGGCAAGAACGUAAUUUGAAGCAAACUUAUCAACCUACUGAUGCUGGUGGGAGAAUGGCUUCGUCAAGCAGGGCAAAGGGGAAGGCCAAAAGCUCUGAGUACCAUGGACGUUCAAGGCAAGAGGUGGAUGGCUUGAUACCGAGACAGCCGAUGAAUGGUCAUGAGCUCCCCAGCUUGCAAACAAUAGAAGAUAGCACCAGUUCCGAGGCAUACCGCCGUAUACCUCAGCAAAGCCGUAAAUUGAAACAGACCCAUAAACCUAUUGAUGUUGGCGUUGAUGGGAGCCUGGGCUCGUCAUCGAGGGCAAAGGGGAGACUCAAAAGCUCCUGUCACCACACACGCGUGGAGUUCAAGGGGAAUGACCCAAUCCAGGUGACUGAUGACAUUUUGUCUAUACCCAGCGCCCAAGCAACAGAAAACAGCAUCAAUUCCGAGGCAUUCCCCCAUAUACCUCGGCAAAGUCGUAAUCUGAACCAAACUCGGCAACUGAUUGGUAUUGGUAGCAGUACGCCUUCCCCAACAAGGGCAAGAGAGGAGCCCAAAAGCUUUGGUCAGCAUGGACGUCCAAAACCAGAGGUGGAUGACUUGAUACGGCUGAUUGAUGACAUGAAGCUGAUCGGUGUUCAAGCAGCAAAAGACAGCACCAGCCCUGAGCCAUGCCGACGAAAAUCUCGUCAGAGCCGUAACUUAGAGCAAACUCAUCAACCUAUUGAUACUGGUGGUAGAAGCGUGGCUUCUUCAAUAAGAACAAAGGAACGGUCUAACAUCUCAGACUACAAUGAGAAGCCGGAACCAGAGGAGCCUGACUUGAUACAGCUGGAUGAUGGCAUGGACUCACUUAAUGUCCGAGUGACAAAAAGCGGUACAAACCUCGAAUCAUACCAUCACACACGCCAGCAAGACCAUAAUGUGAAUGCCACUGGAGAGAUGAUAGACUUAUUGACGCCCCCAUGUUGGGGUUGCAGUAAGAAUAUGAAGAUGGGCAAGCGCGGCAUUAGUAGCAACAUUCAAGGCAUGGAAUAUUAUUGCGAAAACCAUAGCUCUCGUCGUCGAUGUCAUGGCACAACAGAGAAGCGUACACGCUGCAGUGUCUUUUCUCCAAGCAAAGAGUUGGUCGAAGAUGGGGUUGAGUGGUAUUGCUUUAAACAUAAUCCUCGCAAUAGUCACCUUCGAUGUCAGAUGGAUGCCAAAAACAAAGGAAGGCAAUGCAAGAUUAUUUGCUCCGAAUCAGAAAUCCGCCUUGGUGAUGUACCUAUUUGUAAUAACCACUUUAAUAAGAUAAGAUAAAAUUCCUGUCAGUCCAUCAUUACGUAACGCUGCGUUAUAGCUCCUAAUACGAUUAGUGAAUAUAAUGAAAGGC